GAAUUAUACAGCCUAAGUAAGGCAACAACGAGAAGGCUUCGGCAGCAAGGAAGUGACAAACCAUGUCUUCGUCCCCGGAAAUCCCCUCGACCAUGAGGGCACUCGCCAUCUCAGAUUAUUGCACGCCCGACAAGUACGAGAUACAGACGCUCCCCGUGCCAAAGAUAAACAAGCCGGGGGACUGCCUCAUCCGCGUCCAUGCGGCCUCGUCGUCGGCCGGUGAAACCAUGGGCGCCGCUGGCACCUUUCGCUACCUGAUUCCCGCCAAGUUCCCGUGGGUCCUCGGCAUGGAGGGCAGCGGCGUCGUGGUGGCGGUCGGCAGCGGCGUCAAGUCCCUCCGGGUCGGCGACGAGGUCAUGGGCGGCCGCUACACGCGGCCCGUGUUCCCGCACCAGUACGGCGGCUGGAUCGCCGAGUACGCGGUGGCGCCCGAGGCGCUGCUGGCGCGCAAGCCGCCGGGCGUCGGCUUCGAGGACGCCGCGUGCCUGACGGGCGCCACCGUCGUGGCCUACCAGUCCUUCAGCAGGGGCGUCCACGGCCUCAUGGGCCUGCCGGCCGGCGCGUCGCUCGAGGGCAAGACCGUCUUCAUCCCGGGGGCCCUGUCGUUCACGGGCAGCGUCGGCGUGCAGAUGGCCAAGAACGUCUACGGCGCCACAAAGGUCAUCAGCACCGUCUCGACGCCCAAGGUGCCCAUCGUGGAGCAGCACCUGGGGCCGGGCGUCGUCGACCAGGUCAUCGACUACAGGACGCAGGACGUCGCAAAGGAGGUCGGGCGGGGGACCGUGGACUUUGUGUACAACACGCAGUGGACCCUGGAGAGCACGUUCCAGCUCCUGAAGCCCAAGACGGGCGUCGUCGUCACCAUCGCGAGCAUCCCCCACCCGGACGGGAUGCGCGACGCCGUCGGGAAGAUACCGCUUUUCCUGGUCGUCGUCCUGACGGUUUGCCAGUGGUGGUACGACUGGAAGAUGAGGGGCACCAACAUCCAGAGGCUUUUCAUUUCUGGGAACCCCGCAGUCCGCGAGGACUUUGAGAAGAGCGUCGAGCUCAUCGGGCGUGGCAAAAUCAAGGCCGUCAAGUCGGUCGUGAGCUUCGACGACGUCACGGCCAUGCGGUCCGAGCUCUCCAAGGUGCACUCGCAAAAGGGCGGAUUGGGAGCGCUGGUGGUCAAGAUUCUGUGAGAGUGGGUUCCCGUUUUCCUUGCGCCCAACACUGGACAGCAAAUUUGUAGACGAAGAGGGAGCCUAGAAUGCCCGAGGUGUGUAUGAAGAAGGGUCGAGUUGGUGUACAAUAGUAAUAUCAUUCAUCCAAAAC